GUGUCUGUCUGAAAAGGUCCUUGAAUCACUCCUUAUAUCAUUAUUACUACACCCACAGGAAUUUACAUCUGCAGGUAAGAUGUGUUUAAAACGGAGAGUGAAAGACUACAGUUAAAGAAGCCAGGCGAGGGAUUCCAGCUGACCCCUGCACAAAAGAGAAGGAAAAAGACAGGAUAGUGCAGGUAACUCUUGAAUGUUGUGAAGCUCAUCAUUAUGUGGAUAUUCCUUCUUCUGGCCUCUCCAUACCUCCUGGUUGCACAAAGAACCUGUCUGCAUGGGGCCUGCUACCCACAUGCACAGGAUCUUCUUAUAGGAAGAAUCCAUUAUUUGAAGGCCUCCUCCACCUGUGGACUUACCCAACCUGAAACUUCCUGUACUCCAUAUGGAGAAUGGCAAAUGAAAUGUUGCCGAUGUGAUUCCAGAAUCCCUCAUGCAUUCAACAGUCACCGGGUGGAAAAUGUUCUCUCUUCUACAGGACACAAGCGUUGGUGGCAAUCUCAGAAUGAUGUGAAACAUGUUUAUCUCCAACUGGAUUUAAACAAUAAAUUUCAGCUUGCUAAUCUCCUGCUGGAUUUCAGGAGUCCUUUGCCAGGUGGCAUGGUGAUUGAGCGUUCUACUGAUUUUGGUACAACGUGGAAGAUCUAUCAGUACUUGUCCACAGACUGUUCUACUACUUUUCCCUGGAUCCCCAAGAGCUUGCCUCAGAAAUGGCAUGAUGUCCGUUGCCAGGACAUACAGAGUCAACAUAGACAACCUCAGAAUGGGGGAAAGGUAUUGUAA